UGUGUUUGACAACAUGCAUACAGUCUGCAAAAAGGAGGAGGCAACUCUAUCAAGCAUUUUGACUGAAUUAUGGCCCCUUUUCAACUUUGAAUAUGCUUAUUGUAAUGUUAAAGUUUGCAUACCACCCCAAAUAUUUUCAAAGUCCAUUGAGGUAUUGCUUUAAUAUUUUGCAUACUUGUUUACCAUCACGUCCCCAGUCUGUAAAAAGAAGAAGGCAACUCUGUCAAGCAUUUUGACUGAAUUAUGGCCCCUUUUCGACUUAUAUGAAUAUGCUUAUUGUAAUGUUAAAGUUUUAAUCAUACCUUAAUUAUACUAUCAAGCACUGAAAAUAGUCAAGCGAGCUGUCCACUGACAGCUCUUGUUCUGACUGUUGCUUUAUGUAUUCUAAAUGAUGUAAAUACUAAUAUGCUCAAAGCUAGUUUCACAGAAAUGACAGUAUAGACAAUACACUGAUAAUAAUCUUGAAAUCUGAUGGUUGUAAAUUAUUUUUAUUGUUUUGUAUACUAGUUAUUUCAUGAAAUUUAUAUUUGGCAUACAAUAUAAUGUACUGGAACACUGAGAUAGUUUGAAAUUUCUUUUCAGUGUUUUGUACCAAAGCCCACAUAUAAUUUAUACAUUUCUGUGAAAAUAAAUGCAGUAGGCAUGCAAAACUAGCCAAUGCAUGAUCGUUAUUGAAAAGCAAGUAUUGAUUUUACAUUGUGAUACAAAACAUGUGUUGUGUGAAGUCAUGUGGUAUUUUAGUUAUUUUGCAACCUCAAGAGCAGAAUAACUACAGUACCUUAUGACAGUCAUGCAAUAUAUAUUGCACUUGUAAUAACUAAUUCCAUGUCAAAUUUACAAAUUUCCAGGUUAUAUUGAGAGCUGUGGAGAAUAGGAUCCUAAGAGAUAUAAAUAUUACAUGUGCUACACUGUCAACAAGAACUGCUGCAUUUUCUAGUGUUUUGUCCAAGUACAGAGAUGUAGAAAAACUGCUGCAGCUUGGUGAAAAUUUCUUCCAUGAAGUUAUCCAUGAACUUUCAGAAAGGAUACCAUUUCUGUUGGAUCUGCUGACAGUCAUUGUGACAGGAGGAAAUGAACCAUCUGAUCACAAAGUCAUGCCCAUUGUUGCAGCAUAUGCCAUACUAAUGAAGGCAAGAAAUGAAAAACUGUCAGCAUGGCAUAGAUUGACAACUAUGGUAGCAGUCAAAGGACAUUUGGAUGACUCGGCUCUGACAAGGUUUAAUCACCUAGGUGUAAUGCUUUGCACCACAUCCAAGAUCCGACUCCUGGAAGAGGCUGGGGAAAGUAUGGAGAAAAACAUAGCUCGUGAACUAGUCAACAAUCCUUUGGUAAAGAUCACAGGGGAUAACUUAGAUAUCUACAUCAAGACUGGACAUAGAUCAUUAGACAGAUCAAACAAGGACUUGCAUUUAUUUGCUUCCAACAUUAUUUUUAGCAGAAUAGCUAAGCCAGGCAUUUAUAGUACUUCUGUCAGACAUACUCCUCUUGAGAGAAUAAGGCCUGAAAUGUUCUUUCCAACUGGUCACCAUAGGCAGACAUUGGUAAACAGCUAUUGUGUUAUACUGGGUAGAAUUCUGGUUACUCUUAAGGAGUUUUCUUGGCUAGGCCCGGUGUUGCCAGCACACAUAUACCACCCAUUCCAGGUUCAUAUGAGUCAGAAGUCAUCUGUCUAUCAGCUGCCUAUAAUAAUGAAAAAUGAAGCUAAACACGAGGAUUGUGUCGACAUUCUUGACACAUAUGAAACCAUCCUGAGUGACAUCUAUGUGAAGGCAUUUGGCUUUAUGGAGGACAGUUACUGCUGUUUGUUGGUUACAGUUACAUAUGUGAUAACUUUUACAAGCUCAACUGAAUUACUGAACAAGUUCCAAGUACCAGUAGGAGGUGAUCAGCUGACAAGGGUAAGAUUGGAAGAGGCCAAAAAUCUUCGUACAUUAGCAACAACACCCCGAAAAAGGUUUGAAGACCUACAGCCUUUUGUGAUUGAACUGUGGCAUACAAAGCAAGAUUACCUUGAGAAAUGCUACAAGGAACUUUUUAUGGGGAAAAGUCUUCGACAGUCUGGUACCUUAUACCAUUACAAAUCCAAACUCCAGCGCAAGGAAGUAAAUGGAAAGGUUAAAGGCGCAUUUAAGACUCAUCACGAGUUCCUCUUGUUGGUGGGACAACAAAUGAUAAUAGAACAAUUCUUGGAGUAUUUUGGGAUGGAGUCUGCAUCAAGCAGUCCAACGAAGAAUGUGCCUAGUUUUAAAAGAUCACUUUCUGAAAGACGUGCACAGAUGCAAGAAAUGUUAACAGAUUUCAUGAGACAAUAUGGUUACUUAGAGUUUGUUCAUGAUGUCAGAGUAUCCGAUGAUGAUGAUUAUGUAUUCAACUAUUGCUGUAACCUUUGUCGUUGGGUGUUACAUUUGUUAAUGUUUGAAGACAUUGUUAGGGAAGGUGAUAUAUCAAGGCUUAUUCCUUGCUUAAUGGUCUGUCUGCAAUUCUUUUUUUCUCAUUCAAGACUCUCGAAGUACUUUCAGGAAAUGUUAGACUUUAUUUUAAAAUGUGAGUUUCUCUUGAGUCCCAUGCAGAGAGUUCGAGCUCUAGAAGGGGCGUUCACCAACCUUCGUGGGGGUAUGGGAAAAAAUAUUGAGUCCGAUCUGGUACAAGAAAAUUCUGUCUGUAAUCAAAAAGAUUUGAUAAGGUCUCUCGGUGCAAAUAAGACAGAUAAGGCUAUCCUAAGGUGUACCAAAGCAGCUGAUACUAUUGAAAAAAUUUCUAGUUAUGUUGAUUCAGUGGCUUCCCAGAAGAAAUCUAGUAAGCACCAUGUUCCAAAGGCUGUUAAAGAUCAAGAAAUUAUACAGAGGUCAUUACGUCAAUUGAGACCAUUUAAUAAAACUCCAGGCAGAAGUUGUGAUGGGUUUCCUAAAAUUUGUAGGUCUCCUUUGAAGAAAAUUAAUAAGAAUGACUUUCAAUACAGGAUCAUGCAGGUAGUUUCCAGAUUGUAUUAUGGGCAGAGCUGUAGCAAUGUCAAUCAGUGUUCUGAUGAGGAUGAGUAAAACAUGUAUGUUUCCAUUUUUAGGUGUAUUUUGUCCUGUCUCUACCCAAAGUUCUGUUUGGUUUUUGUUUGUUAUAGGUUAAGCACUGUUUUUUACAGUCAGUUCUGCAAUGGUGUCCAGUUAACCUAACCAGUGUUCUUUGAUUCUGUACCAGCACAAACCUGUUAUCAAGUAACUGCCAACUUCCCCACAUGAAUCAGAGGUGGAGAUCGGAUUAUUUCAGACAGAAGUUUCUUUUAUCAAGUCAUCAUGGAUAAUAUACGCCUCUCCUAGGGCUCGAACUCUACCCCGCCACCUGUAUAUCUGUGUCUCCAUACUGAGUUAAGUGGAUAGGCUUUAUAUUAUAUUGAUUUUUUUUUUUAAAUUUUUAUCUAGCCUGCAUGCCGUGAGCUCUAUAUAGUCGUCACAUUUAGUGUAUGUGCAUGCGUGUGUCCGUCCGGUUUUGUCCAGACCAUAACUUUGACAGGCAUGAAUGAUAACCUCAAUAAGAACGUGUCAUGAGCAAUCCCCAAGUUCCUAUGUCAAAGGUAAAGGUAACAGCUGGAGGUCAAAGGUCAAAUUGAAGUUUGUCCAGACCAUAACUUUGACAUGCAUGGACCAAUUUGUUUAUAUUUGGCAUAAAUGUUGACCACAAUAAGAAGACAUGUCAUGAGCAAACCCCAUAUUCUUAUCUCAUAGGUCAAGGUCACAGCUGGAGGUCAGAGGUCAAAUUGAAGAUUGUCUGGAUUUUCUUUCUUCAUACGUCGUGGGAUUUUGAUGUAACUUGGCGUGAAUGUUCACUUUUAUGAGACGGAGUGUCUUACUCAAGAACCAGGUCCCUAGGUCAAAGGUCAAGGUCACAGUUAGAUGCCAAAGGUCAGAUACAAGAAUGACAUUGUCUGGAGCAUGUCUUCUUCAUGCAUAAGGGGAUUUUGAUGUAACAUGGUACAUAUGAGGCAAUCUUGUUUUUAGAAUUACUUCCCUUUGUUGAUACUGUAAAUAGCUUAUAUUGUAAAUUUCUUAUUACUGUUUGUGUGGAAAAAUUGAGACCAAUUUUCUGUGGUACAACAUGCAUGUUACAUCCAGUGUUUGGUGUAUUUUGACCUAUCAGUAUCUCGACCGGGUAAUGAGUUUUGUGUGGACUUGUAUGAUAUAUAUAUAUAUAUAUCUUUUUUAUCAUUUGUCAAAAAACAAAUUAUAUGCAAAUACAGGUGCUACUGUGUCAGUUCUGUCACAGCCAAAUAGUGUAAUAAAUGUUACUUUUUUAGACAGCUGGCAGGCUCGACAUUCUGCCUGUGAGCAUGCAGAAUGUAUUUCUAGUUUUUUUAGGAUUAUCUUCCUUUUGUUGACACUAAAAAUUACUUAUUUUGUUACUUUUUUUAUAAUUGGCAAAAAAAUACUUGUCCUACUGUAAAGAAAAUUGCUAUGACAGGUGUAUAUUGUGACAUUCUUGCACGCUGAUUUAUUUUUCCUAACCAGUUUAAAAGUGAAAUCACAUUAAAUCCUUAAAAUACUGAUAUUAGCAUUUGGAAGCAAUCAGCAUUUUUAGAUGUCCAGACAUUUUCAAACUUUAUCUUGCUGAAAUAUAUGAUAUACAGUUAUGACUUGAAUAUGUUGUUUGUAAGUUGCCCAAUUACUAUUAUGUUGUAUUGGCAUGCAAUAUGCUUUGUGAAAAAUGGGGAAAAAUGGUUAGGAACAUUGGUAACCCUGUAACAAACUCUUGUUUCAGGGUUUUUUUACCAAAUUUUUCAAGAAGUAUGUUGGUGGGAGACAGGCGUCAACUUUUGGUUUCCGAUGGAUGACUUGACAUAAGAAUGAGCUGUUUUGAUGAAACUUCAUAUAAACGUACCUUGUAUAUAGGGUCAAUAUUACAUUUUGAUCUCAUUAAAAUGCAAUGAUCUUCUAGUAUUAUUUAGCCUAUGUUUAUUGAAAUAUUUUAUACACUUUGUCCUUAAAACAUGCAUCUUGUAACUGCAUAAAUGAAACAGACUUACUGUAUUGAUUUUGAUAUCAACAGGCCAUUUUCAUUUCCAUUUAUAUCAGUAGGUGAUUUUUAAUUAAAAGAAUUGUUCACUCGACUUAUAUUUGAAAAUCACAAGGUAUCAUCAAAUAAACCAGCAAUGUCCAGUUCUUUUGUUGCACAGUAAGAGCAACACUCUUCAUUAGAUAUCUGGGUUUUACUGAACCCGAAAUUACCCAGCAGUAUUUCACGUAGACAUUUGUCAUCUGUUUUACAGUACUGUAAGAUAUCAUCCUCAAUUCCUGGAAUGUUUUUAGCAAUAUCUCUGUUGUUAUAAUACAAUGUAGCUGUUGCUUUUUGUCCACGUCUGCCAGCUCGCCCAAUUUCUUGCAAAUACUGUGACAGUGUCCGAGGGGGUUUAGCAUGAAUCACACGAGUAACACAGGGGGGAUCAAAACCCAUGCCUGCUACAGAUGAUGUUAGGACUAAACGUAUUCUUGGAUUAUCAGAUUGCAAAUCAGUCACAGUUGCCUGAAUUACAGCUUUAUCCUGUCGCGAAUAUAAAACUGCAUAGUAAGAGUUGGUUAUGUCUGCUUUUCCAAAAAUAUGUUGUAAAUAUGCAGCUGCUUGGCUGAUAUAAAACAGUGGCAUAAACAGCAGUGUCACGGGGUAUGACAUAGGGCUUUGCUUGAGGUUAUCACAUUCUUUCUUAAACACCUCCUCAUAUAUUUCACAAAUAUCCUGACCUUUUACCUUUUCAAUUUUUUGUAGAAAAAUGUUUUGUCUGUCUGGACUUUCUUGAACAAUAGCAGGAUUUUUCAUGCCUAAAAUCUCUGGAAGUUUUUUCAGUUGUCCAACAGUUAGUGUUCCACUUAGAGCAAGAAUGGGCUUGUUUUCAAACACAGCUGGAAGUGUUUUCAACUUUUUGAAAGCUGUGCGAAAUUCUUCACCCCUGAAAAUUAAUUAAUGAAAUUUCAUUAGCUAGGUUAAUGAAUUACAAUUUCAUCCAGUUGUCAUAUGAUUUAUGUAUAUAUUUUAUUUUGAGCUAAUCUUAUUUUUUGAAAAGAAAAAGUGAUGAGUUAUUGUAAUCACUUCACUUGACUGGCAUUGGCAAUGCCUGGUUAAGUUUUUUUAGGUCAGUUUUUCUCCAAAACUGUCAAAGCUAUUGCUUUAAAACUUGCAACACCUGUUCAUCAUUAGCUGACAGCAAAAGAAUUAACUCUAUCCUAAUUUUUGCAAGAAUUAUGGCCCCUUUUAGACUUAAAAAUCAGAUUUUUUGCUUUAAUUUUUUGUUUAGCUCAGCUUUUUUCGCUAAACUAUCAAAGCUAUUGCUUUAAAACUUGCAGCACUUUUUCAUCAUCAACAACUGUACAGGUAGGAACAUAAACCCAUUCUGUGUUUUUAAAGAAUUUUGCCCACACAGGUAGGGCAAUAUCUUUAUAAUACAAAGACAAAAAAAGUCAAAUGUGAUGCUCUUGUUGUCAAUUUGAGCCAUGCCAUGAGAAAACCAACAUAGUGUGUAUGCGAUCAGCUUGCGCAGUCUGGUCAGGAUCCAUGCUGUUUGCUAACGGUUUCCCUAACUGCUAUAGGCUUUAAGAGGGAACAGCAUGGAUCCUUACCAGACUGCGCAGAUAUGCAGGCUGGUCUGGAUCAAUAUUGGUCACAAAAUCACUGUGUUGGUUUUCUCAUGGCGUGGCUCAUUUGCUGCUUCAUUUCAGUCAAAAUGAAUUAUAUCUAAGUUACAUGUUUUCAUUGUAUCAAUGAACUUUUACUGUGUAUCCCUAAAGUCCAUAUAAAUUGUAUAUACUAUAUUAACUUACAAGUUUGUAAUUUUGGAUUACUAAAAGUAAUAUAAGAAACAUAAUGAUGCUUAUUCAGAUUGGGAUUCGAACCCAAAUCUCCCCAUAGCCGGUCUACUGUAGGCCUAGGUUGCUCUUGCCAAUUGAGCUAUCUGAGCAAAGCAUUAUCAUUAAGUUUCAAUGAAUAUACACCAUUAUAUGCAUACUUUAAACUGUCAAUUUGAAUUAUAAAAAAUGACUUACAAGUAAAUUUUAUACAUGUG